AUGGAGGACUCUGCCACAAAUGGGACAUCUGAAGAGCAUCCCCUCCGCAAGCUCAGGGCCACUGCAGAGAGGGAGCCCCCAGACUCCGACCUGCCGCUUCCCGGGGGCUCCUGGCCACACUGCGCACCCCGCGCCAGCCCCGCGCCCUCGGACUGCAGCCCCCGGGAGCUGUUCGCUGGUGGCCUCGGUUCUCCGCCCCGCGCCGCGCACCCGGCCUCCGACACCGAGAGCUUCAGCCUGAGCCCCAGUGCCGAGAGCGUGUCGGACCGGCUGGACCUCUACAGCAGCGGCGGCGGCUCCUCGUCGUCGGAAGAGCUAGAGGCUGACCCGACCCUGGUGUCGACCAGGGCUCCUGGGCCGCCUCCCCACCGCCCCAGCCGCCCAGCGCAGCCUCGACCUCCUUCCCCGAAGACCUCGCCCUCACUGCAGUCGAAAGCCCCCAAGGUUGUCGAUGGCACAGGCGGGAUGGCCGGCCAGGGUCCCAGAGAGGACAAGGUAGUGACGGCUGCAACUCCAGGCUGCCCUCCGUCGACCCCGGGGCGGAUCCGGGAGACCGCGCAAAAGACGUCUUCGCCGCCUUCCCUCUAUGUCCAGUUUCACGGAGAGACUACCCGGCGCCUCGAGGCGGACGAGAAACCAUUGCAGAUCCAAAAUGACUACCUCUUCCAACUGGGAUUCGGUGAGCUGUGGAGGGUGCAGGAGGAAGGCAUGGACUCUGAGAUUGGCUGCCUCAUCAGAUUCUACGCAGGAAAACCUCACAGCACUGGGAGCUCUGAGAGGAUUCAGCUCUCAGGAAUGUACAAUGUCCGAAAAGGCAAAAUGCAGUUGCCAGUGAACCGAUGGACAAGACGCCAGGUUAUCCUGUGUGGGACGUGCUUGAUAGUAUCAUCUGUGAAAGACAGCUUGAGUGGAAAGAUGCAUGUUCUGCCACUAAUUGGUGGAAAAGUGGAAGAAGUGAAGAAGCACCAGCACUGUUUAGCAUUCAGCUCUUCGGGGCCCCAAAGCCAGACCUACUACAUCUGCUUUGAUACUUUCACGGAGUACUUACGGUGGCUGCGGCAAGUCUCCAAGGUUGCAUCCCAGCGCAUAAGCUCAGUAGACCUCUCGUGUUGUAGCCUUGAACAUCUGCCUGCCAACCUCUUCUACAGCCAAGACCUUACUCAUCUCAAUUUAAAACAAAACUUCCUAAGGCAAAGCCCCACCCUCCCAGCUGCCAGAGGACUUGGUGAACUGCAAAGGUUCACCAAGUUGAAGAGCCUUAACCUUUCCAAUAACCAUUUAGGAGUCUUUCCAUCAGCAGUCUGCAGCAUUCCUACCCUAGCAGAGCUGAAUGUGUCUUGCAAUACUCUUCGAGAAGUGCCAGCAGCUGUUGGAGCUAUGCAGAACUUGCAGACAUUUUUGCUGGAUGGGAAUUUUCUCCAGUCUCUUCCUGCUGAGUUGAUGAACAUGCACCAGCUCAGCUAUCUGGGUCUUUCCUUUAAUGAAUUCACUGACAUCCCAGAGGUAUUGGAGAAAUUGACUGCUGUGGAUAAGCUCUGUAUGGCUGGGAACUGUAUGGAGACCCUCAGACUACAGGCUUUAAGAAGAAUGCCUCAUAUUAAACACGUGGACCUACGAUUGAACAUACUCAGAAAGCUUAUUGCAGACGAAGUGGACUUCGUGCCGCAUGUCACUCAGCUUGACCUGCGAGACAAUAAACUUGGUGAUCUAGAUGCUAUGGUUUUCAACAACAUAGAAGUUCUGCACUGUGAAAGGAAUCAGCUGGUGACAUUGAACAUUUGUGGCUAUUUCCUAAAAGCACUCUAUGCUUCUUCUAACGAACUCGUUCAACUCGAUGUUUACCCAGUUCCAAAUUAUCUGUCUUACAUGGAUGUCUCAAGAAACUGCCUAGAAAAUGUGCCUGAGUGGGUAUGUGAAAGCCGAAAGUUAGAAGUUUUAGAUAUUGGCCAUAAUCAAAUAUGUGAACUUCCUGCUCGCUUAUUUUGUAAUAGUAGUCUCCGGAAAUUACUGGCAGGACACAACCAGUUGACAAGGCUUCCUGAAAGACUGGAGAGAACAUCUGUGGAGGUCUUGGAUGUGCAGCAUAACCAGCUCACUGAGCUCCCACCUGACCUCCUCAUGAAGGCCGACAGCCUGAGAUUCUUGAAUGCAUCUGCAAACAAACUGGAAACUCUGCCUCCAGCCACACUCUCUGAGGAGACAAGCAGUAUCUUGCAGGAGUUGUACUUGACAAACAACAGCCUCACCGAUAAGUGUGUGCCCUUGUUAACGGGGCACCCACGUCUGAAGAUCCUGCACAUGGCCUAUAACCGACUUCAGAGCUUCCCAGCAAGUAAAAUGGCAAAACUGGAGGAGCUUGAAGAACUUGAUAUCAGUGGGAAUAAACUGAAAGCCAUCCCAACAACGAUCCUGAAUUGCAGGCGCAUGCACACAGUGAUCGCUCACUCCAACUGUAUCGAAGUCUUUCCUGAAGUCAUGCAGCUCCCAGAAGUCAAGUGUGUAGAUCUAAGCUGUAAUGAGCUGAGCGAAAUCACGUUACCAGAAAACCUGCCACCUAAACUGCAAGAGCUAGACUUGACUGGUAACCCUCGCCUUGCCCUGGACCACAAAAGCCUGGAGCUGCUGAAUAACAUCCGCUGCUUCAAGAUUGACCAACCUUCAGCAGGAGAUGCAUCUGGAGCCCCAGCAGUAUGGAGUCAUGGUUACACUGAAGCAUCAGGAGUGAAAAACAAACUGUGUGUCGCAGCGCUGUCUGUGAAUAACUUCCGUGACAACCGGGAGGCCCUCUACGGUGUGUUUGAUGGAGACCGGAAUGUGGAGGUGCCCUACCUGCUCCAGUGUACCAUGAGUGACAUUUUGGCUGAAGAGCUUCAGAAAACAAAAAAUGAAGACGAAUACAUGGUCAAUACGUUCAUAGUCAUGCAAAGGAAGCUGGGAACUGCUGGGCAGAAACUUGGUGGUGCUGCCGUCCUGUGCCACAUCAAGCAUGACCCUGUGGACCUUGGAGGCUCCUUUACAUUGACCUCUGCUAAUGUUGGCAAGUGCCAAACGGUUCUCUGUCGAAAUGGGAAGCCACUGCCUCUGUCCAGAUCAUACAUCAUGAGCUGUGAAGAAGAGCUGAAGAGAAUUAAGCAGCAUAAGGCCAUCAUCACUGAGGAUGGCAAGGUGAAUGGAGUGACAGAGUCCACGCGCAUCCUGGGCUACACCUUCCUCCACCCCAGCGUGGUGCCUCGCCCCCAUGUGCAGUCAGUGCUUCUGACUCCACAGGAUGAGUUUUUCAUUCUGGGCAGUAAGGGACUGUGGGACAGCCUGUCCACUGAGGAGGCUGUGGAGGCCGUGCGCCAUGUGCCAGAUGCUCUGGCUGCUGCCAAGAAGCUGUGUACUCUGGCCCAGAGCUAUGGCUGCCAUGAAAGCAUCAGCGCCGUAGUAGUGCAACUCAGUGUCACCGAGGACAGCUUCUGCUGCUGUGAGCUCAGUGCUGGAGGAAGCAUGCCACCACCUAGUCCAGGCAUCUUCCCAACAUCCGUCAACAUGGUGAUAAAGGACCGCCCCUCUGAUGGGCUGGGUGUGCCGUCCUCCAGCAGUGGCAUGGCCUCUGAGAUCAGCAGUGAACUCUCCACCUCUGAGAUGAGCAGUGAGGUGGGCUCCACAGCCUCUGAUGAGCCCCCAUCUGGAGUCCUGAAUGAGAACAGCCCCGCCUACCCCAGCGAGCAGCGCUGCAUGCUCCACCCGGUCUGCCUGUCUAACUCCUUCCAACGUCAGCUGUCCAGCGCCACUUUCUCCAGCGCCUUCUCUGACAAUGGCCUUGACAGUGAUGAUGAAGAACCCAUUGAGGGUGUCUUCAGCAAUGGCAGCCGGGUAGAGGUAGAGGUGGACAUCCAUUGCAGCCGGGCCAAGGAGAAGGAGAAACAACAGCAUCUGCUUCAGGUGCCAGCUGAGGCCAGUGAUGAGGGCAUUGUCAUCAGUGCCAACGAGGAUGAGUCAGGUUUAUCCAAGAAGGCAGACUUUUCUGCUGUGGGGACCAUUGGGCGACGCAGGGCUAAUGGCUCUGUAGCACCCCAGGAAAGGAGCCACAACGUAAUAGAGGUCGCCACAGACGCACCUCUCCGAAAGCCGGGAGGCUAUUUUGCAGCCCCAGCUCAGCCAGAUCCGGAUGAUCAGUUUAUCAUACCCCCGGAGCUGGAAGAGGAAGUCAAAGAAAUCAUGAAACAUCAUCAGGAGCAGCAGCAGCAGCAGCUGCCACCACCACCACCCCAGCUGCCCCAGCCACAGCGGCAGUUCCAGGGGGACCACCUGCCAGACUGUUAUGACACACCGCUAUGACCCAGUCUGAGUCCUCUUUUAAACCAUAAACUAACCAGAAGGACUGAGAGUCUCCCAGGAUCACAUUAAAGCAGGGUUACUCCCGCCCUUCUCCCAGACACUGCCCCACCUGUCUCUGCAGCUCGUCUGUAGGCUCUUUGUAUUGUUACUUUAGUAAUUACCACUUUUCUUCUAGUGACACUUUACCAAUAUGAUUUAAAUUUGUUAACUUUUUUCCCUAACAUAUCAAAUAUGUAAAGACAAAGAACAAAAGGUUUAAUAUAUUACAGAGAAACAGUUAAUGAUAAUGUAAUUUUUAAAAAUUACUUUUUGUUGUUUUAUUUGGAAGGCAGGGCAAGUUGCCAUUGCUAAAUGACUUAAUAAUAUUGUAAUUGUGUAUUUCUUUGUGGGGAAAGGCUUUUUUUUUGUCUUGAAAAUGAUAGACAUUUGUAGAAUAUGGAGACUAACUCCUAGGAGUUGCUUUACUCUGUCAGGUGACAUAAGUCACUGGGAUUCACUAAUUUUCUCUGAGAGAACAGUUGAUUGAGAAAUUUCUAUUGUAAAUAGCUCAGUGCUGCAUAGUGAUGCUUAAAUUGUUUGUAGUCUUGGCGGAAGGACACAGUCUAAAGAACUGACUUCUGCCCCUUCUGAGGAGCCUUCCCUGUCCCAUCUCCUCCUCAUUCAUCUUUGGUGUGGGCCAUUUGGUCAACGUGUUCUGUGUAGAUAUGUGGUUCUGAGGUCACUGGACAAGAGCCUGCUCUUGGGAACCCCAGAACCUUUUGCAGACACUUUUUUCCCCUGAGAUGGGCUUUCUCUGUAGCUUUGGAGCCUAUCCUGGAACGAACUCUCGUAGACCAGGCUGGCCUCGAACUCACAGAGAUCUGCCUGCUUCUGCCCUCCCGAGUGCUGAGAUUAAAGGCGUGUGCUAGCACCACCCAGCUAACACUUUUUAAUUGUGUUCCUUCCUGCUGCCACAAUCAGCAUGACUGUAUAGAGUCCCUUAGAUCAUCUACACAUCCAGAGUUAUAUUGAAGCAGAAUGCACAAAUGGACAUGUCAUAAUUUUUGUUAUAAUAAAUAUGAAAUUUACAA